AUGUGGAUGUUUUCUUGGCUGUGUGCCAUUUUAAUUAUUUUGGCUUUUGCUGGUAUGGACACAGUAGCAAAGACCACACCGCAUCCCAAAUUUACGAAGAAAUCUGAGGGAAAAGAGAUGCCGAAGGGUCUAAAGCCGUCCAGUGGCCCACCUCCAGAAGAAGAGGAAAUUCCUUUCACAAAAGUGGCUGAAAUGGUGGAACCGACCCCCAACCCCCCAGCCCUAGAUUCUGCCUUCGGUACUGCCACUCUCUUCCCCUUUGAAAACUUCACUCUUGACACGGCUGAUUUUUUUCUGAAUUGCUGUGAUUGUUGUUCAUCUGUCCCAGGGCAAAAAGGAGAACCUGGAAAGACUGGAAAGCCAGGUCUUAAGGGAGAGGCUGGUGGAAUGGGGAUCCCAGGGCCACCAGGAAUUGUUGGACCCCCAGGUCCAAAAGGCCAGAAAGGAGAGAAGGGAUUUAAGGGGGAACGUGGGGACCAAGGAACAAGUGGAGCCCCAGGAUACCCGGGAAAACCCGGAGAACCAGGUGGCCUUGGUCCUAAGGGGGAGAGAGGAAACAUCGGACUGACCGGAGUGAAGGGGCAAAAAGGCUCCAAAGGGGACACGUGUGCAAAUGGUACCCAAGGAGAUAAAGGAGACCAGGGGGCUGCGGGCUCACCUGGCUUGAAUGGAGAGCCUGGGGCCAAGGGAGAGAAAGGGGAGAUGGGGGAAAAGGGCUGCUGUGGGGAGUCUGGGCAGAGGGGAGGGAAGGGAGAAAAAGGUGAGGAGGGUCUGAAAGGGGAAAAAGGUAGCAAAGGAGAUACUGGAACGGAAGGCAAAGGCGGCCCAGAUGGCCUGCCUGGGGCCCCAGGGGAUCCAGGAGUUAAAGGAGAAAAGGGAGAGUUAGGUCCUCCUGGUCUUGCGGGGCCUGUGGGGCCAAAAGGUGAGGUUGGGAGCAAAGGGGUCCGGGGAUCUAUUGGCAAGAAGGGCUCUCGGGGCUUCAAAGGCUCCAAGGGGGAGGUGGCCAGAGUGCUGCGGUCAGCCUUCAGCGCCACUUUAUCGAAGCCUUUCCCUCCUCCCAACAUCCCAAUCAAAUUUGACAAGGUUCUCUAUAAUGACCAAGGGAAUUACAGCCCUGUCACUGGCAAAUUUAACUGUAGUGUUCCUGGCGCAUAUGUAUUUUCCUACCAUGUCACUGUGAGGGGCAGACCCGCUCGCAUCAGCCUGGUGGCCCGGAAUAAGAAGCAGUUCAAGUCCAGAGAAACGCUCUAUGGCCAUGAAAUAGACCAGGCCUCUCUUCUUAUCAUCCUGAAAUUAAGUGCAGGGGACCAAGUCUGGUUGGAAGUUUCGAAAGAUUGGAAUGGGGUCUAUGUCAGCCCUGAGGAUGAUAGCAUUUUUACUGGGUUCCUUUUGUACCCAGAGGAAAAUUCUGGAAUUUCACCAUAA